AUUUCUGGCAGCUGGAUAGUGAUCAUAACAAUUGAUCUCCUCUAGACUCUAUAGAACGUUGCAAGAUCGUCGUAACAGUUUUUCGAAGUUUUCGGAUUCUUCAAGUUACGAUUACGAUUUUUCAGUUUCUGUGUGUCCAGAUCUAUUAGCUAGUAGACAUCAUGAAGAUGCUCACCAAGUUUGAGUCCAAGUCGUCCCGGGCUAAGGGAGUGGCUUUCCAUCCCAAGAGACCUUGGGUUUUAGUCUCGUUGCACUCUUCCACCAUUCAGUUAUGGGAUUACCGUAUGGGAACGUUGAUUGACCGAUUCGAGGAUCACGUUGGCCCUGUUAGAUGUGUAGACUUCCAUCCAACGCAGCCUUUAUUUGUUUCAGGAGGUGAUGAUUAUUCGAUUAAGGUCUGGUCUUUGAAUACGCGUAAGUGUAUUUUCACGUUGAACGGGCAUUUGGAUUAUAUCCGUACUGUUUCGUUCCAUCACGACUUGCCUUGGAUCAUUUCGUGUUCUGAUGACCAGACAAUCCGAAUCUGGAAUUGGCAGAACCGUCAGGAAAUCGCCUGCUUGACUGGUCACAACCACUACGUGAUGUCUGCGCAGUUCCAUCCAACAGAAGACUUGAUUGUGUCGGCUUCGUUGGAUCAGACUGUGAGAGUCUGGGACAUUUCGGGCUUGCGCAAGAAGCACUCAGCUCCUACCUCGUCCAUGAGAUCGUUUGAAGACCAGUUGCAGAGACAGCAGUUGCCCCAGCAAGAUAUUUUUGGUAACGUAAACGCCAUUGUGAAGUACGUAUUAGAAGGACACGAUAAGGGUGUCAAUUUCGCUUCCUUUCAUCCUACGUUACCUUUGAUUGUCUCUGCUGGUGAUGACCGCGUUGUCAAGUUGUGGAGAAUGAGCGACACGAAGGCAUGGGAGGUCGAUACGUGUCGUGGACAUACUGGCAACGUCUUGAGUGCAGUUUUCCACCCACACGAGGAUUUGAUUCUCUCUGUUUCAGACGACAAGACCAUCAGAGUCUGGGACUUGAACAAGAGAGUGCCUAUCAAGCAGUUCAGAAGAGAACUGGAUCGGUUCUGGUUGAUUGCUUCUCACCCAACUAUCAACUUAUUCGCUGCGUGCCAUGAUUCUGGAGUAAUGGUGUUCAAGUUGGAAAGAGAAAGACCAGCCCAUACCAUCUCUCAGAACAAGCUCUUGUAUGUUAAUGCGGAGAAACAGGUUCAAUCAUACGACAUCCAGAGAAACGAGAACUCGUUGCCAAUGUUGUCGUUGAAGAAGAUCGGUAAGACCUGGUCCUUCAUGAGAACCAUGUCCUACAACCAAUCUGACAACUCUAUCUUGGUGACUCAUGGUGAGGGGGACAACUCGAACUACGCUUUGAUCUCCUUACCUAAACACGUAACCGGUGCUAUUGAACCUACAGACGUCAGACAAGGUGAAGGUAACUUUGCCUGUUUCAUAACCAGAAACAGAUUCAUCAGUUUCAUCAAAUCGUCCAAGACUUUACAUGUUAAAGACAUGAACAAUAACAUCACCAAGACCAUUCAAUUAGACUCCUCAGUAACUGAUGUAUUGUAUGGUGGUCCCGGUAGAGUUUUGUUGGUCAAGAGCCACUCGAUCACCAACUAUGAUGUUCAACAGAGAAAGGAGUUAUCUGAACUCAGUGUUAACAACGUAAAAUACGUAUCGUGGUCGAAUGAUGGCCAGUACUUGGCAUUGUUAUCUAAACAUACUAUCACCAUAGCCAACAAAGACUUGGAAUUGAUCACCUCCAUGCAUGAAACAAUCAGAAUCAAGAGUGCUGCAUGGGAUGACUCUGGAGUCUUGUUGUACUCAACGUUAAACCACAUCAAGUACACCUUGUUGAAUGGUGACAACGGUAUCAUCAAGACUUUGGAAAACACCUUGUACAUUACCAAGAUUGUACAAAGACAGGUUUACUGUUUGAACCGUAGUGGUGAAGUUGAGGUUAUCACCAUUGACCCAACUGAAUACAGGUUUAAGAAGUCGUUGGUCAACAAGAACUUCAACGAAGUUUUGAGAAUUAUCAAGAACUCCAACUUGGUCGGCCAAAAUAUCAUCGCCUACUUGCAGAAGAAGGGCUACCCUGAAGUUGCUUUGCAGUUUGUCCAAGACCCUGAGACCAGAUUUGAAUUAGCCUUGGAAUGUAGCAACUUACAAGUAGCUCUUGAACAGGCAAAGAUCUUGAACAACAACACCAUCUGGGAGAAGUUGGGUGACGAGGCAUUAAACCAAGGUAACUUUGAAGUAGUUGAGUUUGUUUACCAGCAGUUACAUUUGUUUGACAAGUUAUCAUUCUUAUACACGUACAAGGGUGAUAAGGAAAGAUUGAGCAAGAUGUCCACUAUUGCCGAACACCGUGGUGACUAUUCCGCCUUGGUCCAGAAUACUUUGUACAACAAUGAUAUCAAAAAGAGAUGCGAAGUGUACAUUCAAGGUGGUAUGUUACCAUUGGCUUAUGUAUUGGCUAAAUCAAAUGGUCUAGUUGAAUUGGCUAAGCAGAUCUUGGAGGAAGCUGGUGUAGAAGAAAAGGAUGUACAAUUGCCAGAGAUUGGUGAGGUAGUUCCAUUGCCUGAACCUCUUGCUGAGCCUAUAGGCAACUGGCCAUUGAAGGAGUCGUCUUUGUCCUUCUUUGAGAAUGCCCUUUUGAAUGGUCAGGUCGAAAACUUGUCGAUUGAAGAAGACAAGGCUGUAGAGCAGUUUGAAGACGCAUCGGCAUCUAUUGCAGACUUCAAUGAUGAAGAUGAAGUCUUCGAGGAUGACGCGGGAGCCUGGGAUUUGGACGAUGACUUGGACAUUCCAGAAGAUGAAGCUCCUGUUAUUGAUACUGCCUUCCCAGCUGCUCCUACUGCCGAGGGAGAGAUUGGAUACUGGCUCCGUAACGUCAAAACUGCUGGUGGUUAUGCUGCUGCGGGUGCAUUUGAUCAGGCAGCUUCGUUAUUGAACAAGCAAUUGGGAUUGGUGAAUUUCGAGCCAUUGCGUAAGAACUUUUUUGAAGUGUACUCAUCUUCAAAGUUGUACUUGCCAGGUAUCGAUGACUUGCCACCAAUGAAGAACUACAUCAGACAAGACAACGACGAAGAUAACCCCAGCAAGUUCAAGCCGUUUGUUCCUGGAUAUGACAAGUUGGAAGAACGUUUGGCUGUAGGCUUCAAACAUUUCAAUGCCAACAACUUGGAAGACGCCAUAGCCCAGUUCAGAGACAUUAUCUACAGCAUUGUGUUGUUGACCGUUGAAGAUGAUGAACAGGAAGCCAAGUGUAGGGACGUAUUGACUUUAUGUCGUGAGUAUAUCUUGGGAUUGUCAAUUGAAUUGGCCCGUCGUGCUUUGGAUCCAGACGAUAUCCAACGUAACUUAGAGUUGGCUGCUUACUUCACCAAAGCCGAACUUCAGAAUCCUCACAAGCUCAAUGCAUUGCAAGUGGCCAUGACACAAGCAUUUAAGCACAAGAACUUUGCCAGUGCCUCCUACUUUGCAGAUGAAAUCUUGAAGCUUUCUCCUUCUGGCCCCAGAGCCGAACGUGCACAAAAAGUCAAGACUAGAGCCGACACCAUUGCCAGCGAUGCUGUCGAUAUCAACUUUGACCCCUACGCCGAAUUCGACAUUUGUGCUGCUACCUACACUCCUAUCUUCCGCGGCGAGCCUUCUGUUACCGAAGAGUUGGUUGGUGCAAAGUACAAGCCUGAGUACAGGGGCACCCUCUGUAAGAUCACCGGAAUCACUCAGGUUGGAGCCCAGGCCUCAGGUUUGCGCAUAAUAGGGUAGACUAUGUUGUUUGAUUUUUAAAAGCUAUUUUAUAUACAUUUAUGUG